GGGGAGGACAUUCAGUCCAUGGCAGGGAUCCAGGCAGAUGAGCAGAGAAUGACAAUCCAGUGUGACAAGUGCCUGACAGAAUGAGGGCUGAUGCUGCAGGAAUCCAAAGGGAGCUCGUGGGUGGGAGGCGGGUGGAUCAAAGAUGGUUUUGCAGUGCAGAGGAUAUUUGAGCCUUGAAGCCACCCAUUGAGAUUUUUUUUUUUUCAGGUAGAGAUAAGAGAGAGAGGGUCAGGCAGAAGAACCAGCAUUUACAAAAGUCAUGGAAGUCGGGAAAGUCCUGAGGAGAAAGAAGGAAUGGAGAAGCGUUAGAUGUCCUGAGCAGAGCAAGAGCAGAACGUCUGGCUGAGCCCGGAAGUCAACUGGCACCAGGAUAUGAAGUCAUUUGCUACAACUUCCUGUGGUCUGGUGGCAUCUGAAGUUGUCCGUUCGCAGCUGAAAGUGCCCCGAGAGGCCCAAUCCGAUGUGCUGGAAAAGGUUCACCCUGCCUCCUCACACUUCAUCUUCAUCGGUUUCCAAAGGUUUGGAAAAGUCUUUUGGGCCCUCUGUGCGUACGUGGUGCGUAGGAACGUGACCUGCGUCCUACAGGAAGGAGUGGAGAGCUACAUAAAGGCGGAGUACCGGCAGUGUGGAUGGGGCCCCAAGUGCCCUGGGACGGUCACGUAUCACACAGUGAUCAGACCCAAAUACAAGGUUGGCUACAAGACAGUGACAGACCUUGCCUGGCGCUGCUGUCCUGGCCUCACUGGAGAAGGCUGCCCUGAGCAUCUCACGGACCAUGGGGCUCACUCACCACAUCUGGAUUCGGAACCCCAGAUUCCCUCAGGGAAACUGGGCCCAGGCCCGAGGCCUCCUUCUUACAGCAGAGCAGCCCCAAGCCCUAAUGGAAGAAAAGGCCCAGGGCUGUUUGGUGAGAGGCUGGAACGCCUGGAGGGUGAUGUCCAGCGCCUGGCACAAGCAUAUGGGACUCUCAGUGGCCUGGUGGCCAGCCAUGAGGACCCUAACAGGAUGAGUGGUGGCCCCAGAGCUCCUGCUGCCCCUGUGGGCUUUGGUGUCAUCCCCGAGGGUCUUGUGGACUCAGGAGACAGACCUGGAGGAUCACUCACACCUCCCCUGGGCGAGAUCCUGAGCAAGGUGACAGAAGUGAGCAACACACUGCAGACCAAGGUGCAACUGCUGGAUGAAGUGCACGUGCUGGCCCUUGGCCAUGAGGCCCACCUGCAGCGGCUGCGGGAAGCCCCUCCAACCCCACUGACCUCCCUGGCUCUGCUGGAAGAAUAUGUGGACCAACGGCUACAGCGACUCUGGGGUAGCCUGUUGGAUGGCUUCGAGCAGAAGCUGCAAGGCGUCCAGAGUGAGUGUGACCUGCGUGUGCAGGAGGUGCGGCAGCAGUGUGAGGAGGGCCAGGCGGCCAGCCAGCGGCUGCACCAAAGCCUUGAUGGCCGGGAGCUGGCCCUUCGCCGGGAGCUCUCACAACUGGGCACUAGGCUGCAGGGCCUGAGUGUAGCUGGCAUGGGCAGCUGCUGCAGCCAGCUGGCCUUGAUCAGUGCCCGUGUGGACAGCCUCGAGAGUAACCUGCAGGCAGUCACCAAAGCCCAACGGGGUCCUGGCACCCCUGCCGGGGAUGAGCUUGCACACCUGUCUACUGCCAUGCUUGAGGGAGGUGUGGAUGGGCUGCUUGAGGGCCUGGAGGCCCUCAAUGGGACAGAGAAUGGAGCGAAGGGCUGCUGUCUGAGGAUGGAGACCAGAGGCUGGGGUGUGAGUGGCUUUGGGUCUAUGCUGGAAGAGCGGAUACAGAGCCUAGAGGAGCGCCUGGCCACACUGACUGGAGAGCUAAGCCAUGACAACGCCCCGCCAGGCAGGUCGCCGCGGCCCCUCGUGCAGACAGAGCUGGCGGUGCUGGAACAACGGCUGGUCUCACUGGAGACCUCAUGCACCCCCAGUACCACCUCAGCCACUCUGGACAACCUCAUGGCAGAGGUGAAGGCCUGGCAGAGCCGGAGUGAGGCCCUCCUACGCCAGGUGGCCAGCCACACAGCUUUGCUCCAACAGCUCAAUGGUACUGUGGCCGAAGUCCAGGGACAGCUGGCAGAAGGGACCGGCAGCUCACUCCAAGGUGAGAUCACUCUGCUGAAGGUCAACCUGAACUCAGUGAGCAAAUCGCUCACAGGCCUCAGUGACUCGGUCAGCCAGUACUCUGACGCUUUCCUGGCUGCCAACACGUCUCUGGAUGAACGGGAACGUAAGGUGGAAGCUGAAGUCCAUGCCAUCCAGGAGCAGGUCAGCAGCCAUGGCUCAAGGCUUCAGGCUGGCCACAGGCAGGUCCUGAACCUGCGAGGAGAGUUGGAGCAACUCAAGGCCGGUGUGGCCACGGUGGCAGGGAGCCUCAGCCGCUGCCAGGACACAGCCCAGGAACUCCAGCAUGCAGUGGGUCACUUUGACCAGCGGGUGGCACAAGUGGAGGGUGCAUGUGGGAGGCUGGGCCUGCUGGCCGCCAGCCUGGACAGCUUGCCUGCAGAGCUGCUGAGGUCCAGGGAAGGCCUGUGGGGCCACGUAGACCAGCUGAAUCGCACCCUGGCCCAGCACACGCAGGACAUUGCCCGCCUUCAGGAUGACCUGUUGGACUGCCGGGCCCAGCUGGCUGAGCAAGUGAGGCCAGGGCCAGCCAACUAGGCAGGCUGGACAGGAUCUAAGCCCAGAUCCCACCAACUCUGGGAAUAAUGUCCCAGAGCCCUCCUUAUACAGCAGCACCUCCCAGCCUUCUCUGUCCAGCCUACAUGCCACUUCAGGGGCCACUGGAUGAAUGGUCUUGUUUCACCUCUGCACAACUGUCCCAGCCAUCAAAAGUCAGUGCUUCACAAACUGGACAAUUCAGGAUAGUGGUCAAGGCAAGGUCAUCGUGCCUGAAGGCCAGAGUCACAGCACACAUUCCAGAGUCUGCACUUGCUCUUCUGCAGACACACCAGAGUUAGCAGCUGUGCAACUCUGGGCCCAUUCUCAGACAGGGACCACCCCCAGUUCCCUCUGCCUACGAGGGGCAGUUAAAGCGCCUGGGGGCUCUGUCACUAAUUGUUGUCUUUAGGAAAGUGACUCCCACUGGAACUGUUGUCACAUCUGGCAGCUUCACAGAUGCCGUUUCUGAAGGACUGGAGACUACCAGGUGUUUCCAGCUCCCCCCUCCCCGUGUCCUUUAGGACAGAACAGCAGCACAGAGAUGCAACCUAAAGUUUUCUUUAUUCCUUUUGAUCCUCCCUCAAGGUGAGGGCACAGGCAGCUGUAGACGCUCACAGAAGGAAGCAUUGGAUCCAGGCAGUCUGUUUGGACAUGAUACCCCAAGGUCUCCCUUUCCUUUCCUUCCCUAAACAGGUUUUCAGAGCACUCUGGUGCCUGUAGGGUCCUUUCCUUCCAGUUGGGGGAAAAUCUUUCCCCCAGGUCAGUACUUCUCACCCAAGAGUGGCCUUCAUGGGUAUCAAGGCCUGAAGGAAGCCAGACCCUGAGAAGCAGGCCACAGCUGGAGUUCAAGGGGUCCAGGCCUUGCUUUUAACACCCUUGCCUGCACCCAGCCCUGCCAAAGGUUCACAAAGUGGUGAGAAAUUCACAGGACAAUUGGAAAAAGCAAGUUGUCCUCAGAGACUCUGGUGUCUGCUGGGGCUCAUGGGACUCAGUUUCUCCUGAGUAGCAUGGGCCUCCUGUGCUGUUUGCGGGUCCCAUAGCCCUGCCUUCUGGUUUCUGGACAUUCAGUUUUAUGCCCUCCUCUCGGGCACUGUUGGAGGAGGGCAGAUUCUGAAUUAAAGCUUUUAGCCAGUC